CCUUAUUUUCAAUCAUGUAAACAAAUGAUGGCAAUCAUAUCAUGUUCAAAGAAGAGAUUCAGGAUUUAAGAAUUAUUCUUCCUCAUUCAACUGACGUAUUUAGUAUUAUAUACCGUAGAAAUGCACAUUCGGUUUCUUUUGAGGACGAGGCAGUGACAGGGUUUUCCUCGCGUGCAGAAGACAGAAAACACGUUAUCAUUUGUUGGUGAGCCAUUUUUGUUGAAUGGUUCACCGUAUAAAGAGGUAAAGAAGUGAGGAAGUUACCAGUACUACUACUUGUCUUAUAGUAACACAGAAUGGUUGCAGUAUAAAGAAUUCAAACAUGUAGCUGCUUAGAGGGGAGGAGAAUGAGUUGUCUCACUGGUGAUGACCUGGCCAGGCCAGCCAAGGACCUGCCAUUAAAGGUUAUCAGAGACUUGGGUCACAUGUUACACAGGGCCCAAUACAACAGUGGUAACUGGGAAACUAUUGCAGAAGACCUGGGAUAUGAAUAUGAGGAGAUUAAACAUUUCAACACAAUGGCAAAUGUGAGGCAGGAAGUUGCACCUGGUGAACUCAUGCUCAGAGACUGGGUGCAGCGUUUUAACGGUCGCACACUGUUUGUGUUGCAUAGCGCCUUGAUGAAGGCAGAGAGAUUGGACUGUGUAGACUACCUUGAAUCAGAAAUUUAUAAGCGUGUAGUGUGCAUGGAGCUGAUGGUUUGUGUAAGGCAUGAAGAUUGUAAGCCUAUAGACCACCUGUGUGUAACAACUCGUGCAGAAUCCAACCUGCUUGACAGUUUACAGAACAUUCUUGACCAGCCAUUGCCAGAAAAAUAUAAGCUGUUAGAUCAGGGUGUAUCUUGGACAGGAACAAAAGCCAGGGAAUUUAAGGGUCGUCAGCUAAUGUUGAUGAGGAAAAGUGAUGUAGUUCAUAUGGAACAAGAUCCAACUAUAGAUUCUAGUGGACUAGAUAUGUCAGGGAUGGAUGAGUCAGUUUCCAAAAGCUUUAGUCAAAGUUCUGUUUCGUCCUCAAGUUUGAGAACCAGUCAGAACUCUGUCACAACUCCAAGACUGGGAUCCAGUCAUACCAUUAUGCCUGGUUCCCGUUUCCAGCAAAAUUUUAGAAGAGUCGAGAGAAAUGAACAAAACAUCCAUUUUCAAGGCUGUAUUUCAAAUAACCAGACACUCAGUGUUGUGGAAAAUGUUCCGGUAUUGCAUGGAAAGUCCAGUGGAAAAACUUCAACAAGUUCACCAUCAAUGCCUAACAGAAAUGGGACACCCAUGUCACAUAACCAGGCUGGUGUCGCACUGAAGGCCGGCAGACUUGUUCUUUCAUCUAAUGAUUAUGUUUCCAGUAGAACAGGACAUAACAACCUUGGCAUCAUAUCUGAGAAAAGGGAAUUGAGUCCCAGUCAGCAGGAUAUGAAUAUUUCAGACAGUGAUGGAAAAGUUAACAAUGUGACUCCUUGUAAGGAAUACAGUGCUGCGUUUAGAGGCAAACAAAAUACCAGCAAUGGAAACAUUGAAAUAGAAGCAGAUAUGGUUACAAACAGAAUGGACAUAACUGAAACUUGUAAUGAAAACUCUGUUGAGGACAACAGAGCUUGCACAUUGAUGGAAUGUCCCACUAGCCAAGCAGUUGGUACAGAUGUUGAUGAUUGGAACUGUGAGUAUAGGGAAUUUGGCGAGUAUAAAGACCCCAGCAAAUACAGAGAUUUUGGCAAACUCCAUAAUGUAAGAAAUAUUGAUGUAUCUGGGGAAAUUGGGGAAUACAGUGAUCCAUGUGAAUAUAGAUAUUCAGGACAACACAGAAAUUUUUGUGAAUACAGAGAUCCUGAGCGAUAUAUAGAUCCUAGUGUACAUGACAUUUCCAGUGACACUGGAAUAUAUCUAGACAGCACUGUUGACAAAUGUAAGAAAGGGAGAGAACAUGAAAGAGAUUCAAGUGAUCCUUGUGAAUAUAGGGAUCCUAGUGAAUAUAGGGAUCCCAUUGAGUAUAGGGAUCCCAGUGAAUAUAGGGAUUUUAGUGAAUAUAGGGAUUCUUCAGAUAAUGAUUUUAGAUUUACCAGUGGUGGAUUUGAUACUGAAGACAUACUUCGUGCAAGAGCUGAAAUACAACAGACUUGUUUGCCUGAAACUGAUGCUGAUCAAGUAAUCACAAAAGAAAAUCCAGGUGAAAAGGAAGAUGUUAACUGUACUGCUGACUAUCAGUUUGCAGCUGAGGACUUUCAUGACAAUGAUGACUCAAUAACAAUUUUGAAACAAACAAUUUGCUCAAGAGAUUUAGAUAAAACUCAAUCUACCCGGAAUGGUGAUAUUGAAUCUGAACCAGAAUGCAGUAUUCAGCAUUCCUGUAGGAAUGUUAAUACUCUGUCAGAUUUUGAUUCCGACACUUACAAUACUCAUCCAGAAUUUCAAAGAAUAAUUGAUGAUGGUAAUAGUGGUCAUGCAGAUAUGCAUAUUGGUGGCAUGGGUGAAGGAGAUAUUGCUGAUUCUGAUCAUGGAAUAAGUAAAGACUCUAAAGAAACAAGAGUAUAUUUAGAUUUCAAUCAAUAUGACCAGGGCAAUAUCAGUAAUACUAUGGAUGAGUUUAGAGCAAGUGUUGAGAAUACAAAUACAGACCUAGCCUUUGAAAAAGCACAAGGUGCUAUGGAUUUGACAUCAGCAAGAAUUCCGCACCAACCUCCAAGAAGAUUUUUUAGUGAAGUAGCCAGUCAGUCAUCUGGCAUGACUAGAGACAGGAAAAUGUACGAGACUCUGCAAAGAGGGGUCUCUUGUCCUUCAGACAUUGUGUACGAGAAAUCUCUGGUAUUUUCAGAGGAGCACAAUAUGGUGACUAUUGCCGAUGUCUUCAGCCCAGUAUCAGAGGAAUCCAAAAUCAAAGACUUUGAGAUGGUGAACUCAGGAGAAGUAAAACCUUCAGUUAGCUUAGAUAGUACAGCAUCAUCCACAUCCAAACGUCAUUCUCUUCCCAUGUGUAGACCUGGUCAAAAUACAAAGAGAACCAGAUUUCAACGUCACACUUUUCAGCAUGGUGACAAAGCUGUCAGAUUUGAUGAAAGUUUCGAGGAGCAGCAUUCAAGGACAAUGCAAGAUUCUCCCCAAUUGCCUCCUAGAGGUAGAUUACCACCAUUGUCUUCGAGCAGUUCAAAAAAUUUGUCAAGAUGCAGAAGAUCAGAUUCAGACGUCUCCAUGCAGUCAGCGCAAGGGACACAGGUCACUGGACAUAUCUGUAAGAUUGUGGUUGGAGGAAAGUCAAGCAGGCCAGCACUAGAUGGUCUACUAGCUGACGAUAUACUCUUCACUCACUACAAUGCUGUAUUGUGCAGUUUUCCAGGCUGGUCACCACGAGAGACGGAACACACUAUUGAGAAGACAAUGAGAGAUGCUGUAUCAAGCGAUGGUUACUAUAUCCUUUGGUAUAUCCGAGGCAGGAAAAACCUCGUCCUUAGUGUCAGUUUCAGGGGAACACUUGUCCACUACAGGGUACAUACAAAAGUUCUUACUGGUAAACUACAUUAUUACAUCACUCAAGGAAGAUAUUUUGAUGACAUUAUACAGUUAUUACAUCACUAUCUGCAGUACGGCAUGAGGGCACCUGCAGGAAGUGAAGGAGGUCAUUCAGGGUCACCAGAGCACAGAAUCCCACUCAGAUGCCCUGUGCUGGUGCAGUAUGAACGUAGACCUGCUGUCAGUGUUUAGGUUUUAUACCUAUCUCUGUGCUGGUCAUUGCAGUGCAAAAUUAUUGUGUCUUAUGCAAAAGAACACUGAAUUAAGCUAACAGUAUUAAUAAUGGCAGUGAAAAAGGGUAUGGAUUUAUAUUACAAAUGUAUGUAACAUAUGUUUGUUGAAUAUAUAUACAUGUUCACCAGCGUUUAGAAUUAAUUUAAAUUGAAUAUAUCAGUGUUGAUCAUAUGAGCACAAAAAUGCCCAUUUAACCUUUACCCUGCUAAAUUUCUAUAACGGACUGGUCCAUCAUUCAAUUUGGACACAACCAUUUAUCAUUUGAAGGGGUGUUUACUGAAAAUUACUGACUGAAUAGCGAACAGUGCAGACCAUGAUCAGACUGCAUGGAUGUGCAGGCUGAUCUUGGUCUGCACUGGUUGCAAAGGCAGAAUCACUUGCCGCCAGCAGGCUAAAGGCUAAUUGUCAGAUUUGGAAGAUAGAAUGCUAUGUCAACAAGCAUAAUAAUGUGUUUUACUUGCAGCUCUUCUUUAGUUUUUGUUGAUUAGUUGUGGUUCCUUACUAUUUUCUGUACAACUUGGUCAUUUUCCUUUCUACUUAAAAAAAGGAACACAAAAAUGGUAUGGUUAAACUUGACUUUUUGUCAAUUUACAAAACACAUGUCUGUGUGAUAUGGCUGGACAUUGCAUAUCAGUUCACCUUUCCAUUUAAAUUAAGUGGGAUGGGGAGACAUGUGCUUUUACUAAAAGCAAGAUCUAGUGUUUCAUGAUUCUGUGCAGCUAAAAAUCAUUUGACAUGCAUACCGGUAUUUACAAAUAAGAAUGGCAAUUCUGUUAAACAUAAUGUAUAUUAAAAUGUUAGAUCAUUUUGAAUGACAUAUGAAUUUGUUCACAUUAUUUAUUGUUGAUUAUCACGUCUAUUACCAUCAGUUCAUCAUUUGCUGAGGCUAUUAUAAGUAAGCACAUCUCUGAUGUUCACAUGUAACAAUUGCAUUGUAUAGUAAGGUAUAGUUAUCUGUGAAACAGAUAAAGAUUUUUUUAUGAUAUUAAAACCAUUUUUGCAUAUUUUGAAAACCUUAUAUUUGCCACUGUUUGUGUUAAUUUUUGUUAUACAUCACUUAUCCACAAAAAUAUUACUGCAAUCUUCCUUUGCUCAAACUUGACGGGCUCAGCAGAAUUUGUUUGAGUUAUCAGAUAUUUGAGCUAUUGAAAAAAUAUGCACUAUACAGGGAUUCUGCCGGUACCUGACAAUGAGUUUGAGCAAAGGAUGGUGUUCAAAUUAUCCGAGUUCGAGCAAAGAAAGUUUGACUGUAUCAGAUUAAUUAGUUAUGCUGUCACAUAAUUAUUGUCUGUUAACUGUUCCAUGAUUUUUUAUCAGCAAUUUUACACAGUUAUAACAGUGUUGUCAUUUGUGCCUUAAACUGUUUGUAUUUUAAACUCACCUGAGCACACUGUGCCUGAGGUGAACUGUUUUGAUCACCUAAGGAAUAUUUUGUUUUAUAUAUUUUAAAUGCUCACAUCAUUACCAUAAAGGGCAAGUUUUAAAAUGUUACUUAAUCUAUACUUUUGAUUUAUUACUUACUGUUUUUUUUUUACAUGUAUGUUAUCUAUAUUUUUUUUACUUGUUAUUAAUAAUAAGUGUUACAAAAUAUUAUUUUUAUAGCUAAAUGUUUACACAUAUAUACUCAUUUUAUUGUACUUUUAUGCUUUUAUGUAAAUAUAAUUACUGUGAAAUCUUUGAAUUUCAUGAGAUUGAAAUUUUGUGGGUGUUGCCGAGACAGCUACUUUAUGGUGAGAUGAAUGCAAUUAACUUUUGAAGAUAAAAUGAAUGGAAGUUAUGUUUGUUCAUUGGAAUUAACCCUUCCCCUGCUUAAUUUCUGUAAUGAACUUGUCCAUCUUUCAGUUUGGACAGUACCAUUAACUGUUAAAAGGGCUGCAUACCAAAAAGGUACUGACUGAAUGGCGAACAGUACAGAUCAUGAUCAGAUUGCACAGAUGUGCAGGCUGAUCAUGAUCUACACUGGUCGCAAAGGCAGAGUCAGCCGUGUCCAGCAUGAUAAGGGUUAAAGACUCAUAAUACCUUUGUUUAUAAUGUGGCUGCAACAUUUGUUAUCAGAAUAAAUACAUUAAUUUCUUGUUAAAUUCUAUUUUCAGUAAUUGUUUUAUCUAAUAUUUGUCAAAGAUUUGAAUACCAAUUAACAUAAUAGGAAGUUCUAUUGAAUACAUUGUUUCUGAUUACCUCCCUUUACUGUUCUAGCUUUAUAAAUUCAUGUACAUUGUUGAAAGUAUUGCUUUUCUGACUAUGUGAUUAUGCAUAACAUCUGUUUCGAUCGCUGUUUCAACUGUUUUUAACAUAAAAUUUUAAGCCUUAUGGGACUUUAAAUUUUGUUUAUUGAUGCAACAACAAGACCCACGAAAUUUUGUGCCUCAUGAAUAUUAAUGAUUUCUUAGUAUACAUAUUUGAGCCGUGCCAUGGGAAAACCAACAUAGUAGGUUUGCGACCAGCAUGGAUCCAGACCAGCCUGCGCAUCUGCGCAGUCUGGUCAGGAUCCAUGCUGUUCGCUAACAGUUUCUCUAAUUGCAGUAGGCUUUAAAAGCGAACAGCAUGGAUCCUGACCAGACUGCGCGGAUGCGCAGGCUGGUCUGGAUCCAUGCUGGUCGCAAAGCCAUUAUGUUGGUUUUCUCAUGGCAUGGCUCAUUUGAUCAUGAGAAUAGGGCUUAGAAUUGUAUUCAAGGUUGCUGAUAUUGUUGAUUUUAGUGUUGUUGAAAGCUGUAUAUAGUAUUUGUUAUACAACUAACACUGAAGAAUGUAAUCUUUGAAGAAAAGUUUAGUAGGUGUGUUAUCACUAGAUAAAAUCUAAUGCUCAAAGUAUAAAAAGGCAUAUCAGUUGUUAUUCAGAGUUCAGUUGUUGUAUUAAUACUCAGAGUAUGUGGGAGAAUGUCAGUUAUGAGGUAGAGUUUUGUAGGGGUUUUAUCAUUGGACUCAAAAUAUGGGGAAAAUGUCAGUUAUGAGGUAGAGUUUUGUAAGUGUAAUUAUCACUGAAUAAAAUCUAAUACUCAAAGUAUGUGGGAGAAUGUCAUUUAUGAGGUAGAGUUUUGUAGGGGUUUUAUCACUGGAUAUAAUCUACUCAAAAUAUGGGGAAAAUGUCAGUUAUGAGGUAGAGUUUUGUAGGUGUAAUAUCACUGGAUAAAAUCUAAUACUCAAAGUAUGUGGGAGAAUGUCAGUUCUUGGGUAGAGUUUUGUAGGGGUAUUAUCAUAGGAUUAAAUCUAAUACUCUAAAUACGGGGGAGAAUGUCAGUUAAGAGGUAAAGUUUUGUAGGGGUUUUAUCACUGGAUAUAAUCUACUCAAAAUAUGGGGGAGAAUGUCAGCUAUAAAGUAAAGUUUUGUAGGGGUUUUUAUCACUGGCUGUAAUCUAAUACUCAAAGUAUGGGGGAGAAUGUAAGUUCUUGGGUAGAGUUUUGUAGGGGGGUAUUAUCACUGGAUAUAAUCUAAUACUCGAAAUAUGGGGGAGAAUGUCAGUUAUGAGGUAGAGUUUUUUGGGGGAAUUGUCACAGGAUAAUAUCUAAUGCUCAAAGUAUGGGGAAGAUUGUCAGUUGUGACCUAGAGUUUUGUAGGGGUAUUAUCAUUGGAUAAAGUCUACUGCUCAGAGUAUGCAAAAUGAUGCCAGUUUUGAUGUUGUCUUUAGUUAGUGGACAAAAUAUAAUUGAUAUCAUGAGAGAAUGCAUGCCAUGCCAUUAUAUGCAAGAUAUCACUCAAGAUGCUUUUUAUAAAUGUAUCUCAGGAUUGUUUCUAAUACCUGAAUUUCAGGAUAGAAUCUCAACUGUUUUAUCAGUAACUAUAAUAUGAUAUUAAUAGAUAGGAACAUAUACAUUUUAUUUUUGGACAGAUGCAUAAUUAAGUGUUUUAUUUGUGCACAGAAUCUCGUACCUGUUUUAAUUUUGGACAGAAUCUCUUACCUGUUUUGUCAUUUAUUAUAGUAUCAUUUUGUAGAGUACUAUGAAUUAUCUUAAGAAUUACCAAAGAGUUUCAUAGCUAGAUCAUGAAUUACUCAGAAAUGUGAAAAAACUUUAAAGUGAACAAUGACGAGAGUCUAAUUGGUUGUUUCUAAGCACAUACUUCAUAGUGAACAGUGACAAAGUUGCAUUCACAAACUCAUAUUUGGAAUUUUGAAGCCAAUUUUAAGGUAGUCUCUUCCUACACAUUUUAAGACACGUUCCCUGGCUGUUUGUUGAUAGAUGUGUUCAAGGUUUGUGAUGUAUCAUCUUUAGAUCAUGUAACUGGUUGUGUUUUACAUGUAGCAAGUAUUGACAGUGUAUUUUCACACUAUUUUUCACUCAUAACAUUAAAUAAAUUAUAAAUACUUAUAUAAUACUCAUUUUUGUAAUAUAGGUACAUGUAUGUAAUAUAUAAAUGCAUCCACUGUAACCAAGAUUUUUCUCUUCUUGCACGUUGAUAAAAUUAUUUGAUAUAAUUAUGCCCCCUUUGAAGAAAUUGUAUACUGUUUUAUUAACAUUGGUCAUUAUGCCUGUCUGUUAAAUAUGUGGAAAUUCUUGGGAACUUCUUAGGAUGAUUGCCUGUGGUCAGUACAUUAAGUGUCAAGGUCAUAGUGACCACUUUCCUAUCACUAACUGGAAAACACUUUGGCAUACAGCCUUCGAACUUGUUUUUAACUAUUUCCAAUGGCCAUUAGGAUGAUGGUCAGUAUGUCAAAGGUUGAAGAUGGUUAAAAGUUUAAGACUAAAAACAAGUUUUAGUUUAUAACUGGAGAAGACUUGAACUUACAGCAGUGAGACUUCAUUGGGUUUUCCCUCUUUGACAGAAGCUCCCAUGUUGUUUCAGCAAACAGUAUGUCAGAGUUCAAGAUCGCAGUGACCUUGAGAUUGAAAAGGGUCUCUAUUCAUUAACAGGAGAAUGUUAAGGCCUAUGGACAUCAAACUUCAUGGGGUAAUUGUCCGUAUUCUGUAGAUGACCCCAGUUCAAGGAUAAUGAGGCCAAAGGCAAUGCUUACUGUGACAUUGUUGCUGAAAACUAUUUCCUGUCCAAUAACUUGAAAAACUUUUAAAGGUUAACUGAAGUAUGACAUCAAAGGAUGACAUCCUGUCGUCAGUAGAUGACUCGAAACUUUUUUUGGUUCAUUAGGUCAAAGGUCACUGAUGCCUCAUAUCUGAGACUGAAAAUUACAUACAGGGUUAUUCUUGACAGGUCGUCUUGAGGAGAAUGUGUUCUUUAUUACAACCAGCAUUGGUUUGAAAUAAAAUUGAAAGUUAUUUUACUUUUGUGUUUUUUAGUUUUUCUUCAUACAUAGUAAGUUUAUUAAAAAUUUGAUUAAAUUUUGACUUGUUUUAAAACUUAAGGUCAUUUAUUUUAGAUAAAUACUCUGAAGAUUAGAACUUCUUUUUUACAUUUUUGUAGUAAUACAGGGUAAGCAACAUUUUCUAGAAGUCACCAUGUCAUGAACAUUUUUUGUUGGUGAGACUGAACACUGCAAAAAAUGUACAGCAAGCAUUGACGAUGAGAUGAAGUGGUAUGUUAAUAUCAUAACAUCGUAUAGAGAGUGAAACACUACUAUCUCAGUAAAACACGUGCUAAAAUUAGUCUCCCUAUUCGUCAACACUUCUGUCAUUCUUUUAUGUUGAAAGAAUUUUUGGCUUGGUGAAGGCCUUGAAUAUAGUUUGUAUGAAAUUCCUCUCAUAUUCUGCUGAUCGGGUUUGAAACAAACUUUAAGUGAAUAUUCCAUGAAAAUGACUGAAGGAGAAGACACAUGGUUUUACAUGCAGUAGUCUCCUGUAUAGGUUUAUUGUUAACGUAUCAUAUUUACUGGCUGUAAAUGUUAUUAUGAACUGUUUGUUACUGGUGUUAUUGAGUUUUGUUUUAAUUGUUAUAUUCAUCUAUUCUGCUAUUUACUCUUGUUACUAAGUAUAUUAUUAAAUAAACUAUUAACAAAAGCUUUA